UUGUUCUCUAUAAACUAUUGUUGUUGUUGAAUCGUUUGUGUAAUUUUUCUGUUUUACAUACAAGCACUGCUGAAAAACUAACAAUUUACAACCACUACCUAAACUUUUUAAUAUUUUCUUAUCUCUAUUAAGUUUAUUUUCCAUUAUCUGCGCUCCUGAAAAACAAACUCCACAUUAUUUAUCUCAAUUAAAACAAACAAGGUUGUAUUUUCCUUUUUUUUUCACCAAUCCCAGCUGGAGAUGACGGAACUCGAAUACAAAUAAAUUGAUUUAUUCCUAUCCUAAUGCAAGGCAAUGUACCCCAAAGCUUCUGUUGAUUGUAGAUCAUUUCUUUGGCGUGAACACGAAACUUAAGAAACUAGAAAGAAACGGAAAGUCGAUUGAUCGCUGUGUUGUGCUGUGCUGGUUCUACUGCUGCUCUGAUUCGUUGUCGGUUGUGCGCACACCAAAAUUUUGCUGCGAUAACGUGAAACGUGGCGGAUUAAAUUUGUGAUAAUACACAAUAAACUUGUAGAUACAAAGACGCGCAUAAAAUAUUAAUUGCACGGUGUUCGUUGAAAAGCCAAUACAAAGAAGAAAGCAAGAAGCAAAAUGUCAGAGGUUGCAGGAGGAACAUCCGUGGUUGAGAAAGGUGAUCCGGAAAUGAAGGGAUGGCUCCUCAAGUGGACAAAUUACUUGAAGGGCUACCAGCGACGUUGGUUUGUCUUGUCGAAUGGUGUCCUCUCCUACUACAGAAAAUCCAAUUCUAGGAAUCAGGCUGAGAUGGCUCACACAUGUCGUGGCACUAUAUCUUUGCAUGGAGCUUUGAUACACACUGUGGAUUCAUGUACAUUCGUCAUUUCCAACGGUGGUACACAAACUUUUCAUAUUAAAGCCGCCAAUGAAGUGGAGCGCCAGAGUUGGGUUACAGCAUUGGAGCUGGCUAAAGCUAAAGCUAUAAGAGCUAUGGAAAGUGACGAGGAUGAAGAUGAAACAGCUUCGAUGGUUGCUCCAAGUCAGGAAAUCAAUGUUGCUGUUAAAGAAUUAACAGAAAGAUUGGAAAAUCUUCGUACCUGUUCCGAUUUAAUUACAAAACAUGGAUUGGCACUUCAGAGGGCACUAGCUGACCUAGAAAGCGGUGAUGAUUUUGCUAAUAGAAGUAAGAUUGUCAAUGAACGUGCAACGUUGUUUCGUAUUACUUCCAAUGCAAUGAUUAACGCUUGUUCGGACUAUCUAAAAACAGCCGAAUCUCAGGGGCAGAAAUGGUCAAAAAUGCUUCAGCACGAACGCGAAAAGCGACAAAGCUUAGAAGAGAUGGUCGAACAGUUAGCUAAGCAGCAUACUCAGUUAGAACAAGCUGCUCAUCGGAUUAUGCCAAACUCCAAAAAUACAUCCCUUACAAAUCCCGACGAUUCCCUUUACAUAAAAUAUUCAGCGACAUCAGAUGACGAUGAUAUUGAAUUUUAUGAUGCUCAAGAAGAUAAUAAUUCACUAAAAGAUGAAGCAGUAGAAGAUUCUUCGUUUAUAUUAAAGAUACAAACAAGACGUCUUUCUCGUGAUCGAACUGGUAGCUCAUCGGAAAGUGAAGAAGUUAAAGCCGAAACAAAACAGGUUUUAGUUGUUCCUGAAAACGACCAAAGCUCAGAAUCUGUUGAUACAAUGGAUCAUCAAUUUCAAACAGUUUUGCCAGGCAGAUUUGGAAGCACGGUUAGUCUAAAUCGUGUCAUUAAAAACCGACGAACUAGAGUUCCUGAUAAACCAAAUUACCCUCUCAAUCUUUGGUCAAUAAUGAAAAACUGCAUUGGCAAAGAGCUAUCAAAGAUACCUAUGCCAGUCAAUUUCAACGAACCUCUUUCAAUGUUACAAAGGUUAACAGAAGACUAUGAAUAUGCUGAUUUGUUGGACAAAGCAGCACAAUGUUCCGAUCCUUGUGAGCAGUUAGCGUAUGUUGCUGCUUUCUCCAUAUCUAGUUAUUCAACUACCGCAAAUCGAACUGGAAAGCCAUUUAAUCCAUUGCUUGGUGAAACUUACGAAUGUGAUCGUAUGGAUGACCUAGGAUGGCGUGUUAUAGCAGAACAAGUCUCCCAUCACCCACCGAUGGCAGCAAUUCACUGCGAAGGAAAAACUUGGAACUGCUGGCAAGAGUUUACAAUGACCAGCAAAUUCAGAGGAAAAUAUCUUCAAGUGGUUCCAUUGGGUAAUGCAUGUGUGGGUUUUGCCUCCGGCCAGAAAUACUCAUGGAGAAAAGUUACCACAACAGUCCACAAUAUUAUAGUUGGUAAGCUAUGGAUUGACAAUCACGGAGAAACGGAGAUCAUUGGCCAGAACAAGGCAAAAGGUCUUAAGUGUCAUCUAAAAUAUAUUCCAUAUUCAUACUUCACUCGAGAUGCACAACGAAAAGUAAAAGGAAUAAUAAUGAAUGAAGAAAAUGAAGUUAAAUGGGUUCUUCGCGGCAUUUGGGAUAAUAAAAUCGAAAUUGCGUCCGUUAUAUCAACUUCAGGUUCUGCAGAAAGUCCAGUCUAUAAAACGGGAAGCUACCGCACUAUAUGGACUAGAAGACCGCCACCCGAAGACAGUGAAAAGUAUUAUAAUUUUACGAUACUAGCUUGUCAAUUAAAUGAAAUGGAAGAAGGUAUCGCACCAACAGAUUCCCGAUUAAGACCUGAUCAGCGGUUAAUGGAAGAAGGACGAUGGGAAGAGAGUAAUGUGGAAAAAAUGAGGUUAGAGGAAAAACAACGUAUCAAACGAAGAGCACGAGAAUCUGAUGCUGAAAGUGCAGCUUCCCAAGGACGACCCUACCCGCCUUAUGAACCUUGUUGGUUUGUCAAGCAACAAGAAGACGAUAGCGAAAAUGUUGUCCAUGUCUAUAAAGGCAACUAUUGGGAGCAUAAAAUGAAACAAGAUUGGAGUGUGUGUCCGGAUCUGUUUUAAAAUAAAAUACCACAAAGUCAAUAGUUAAUGUUAUAUAAAAGCAAUGUGUUACGGAAUAAAUUAGAAAAUCCAGUAAGAGCCCCUCAAUCGCGAGUCAGACGUUUUGUCCAUAUGAAAAAGAUUGCUGGCAAUAAAAUUGCUGUUUGUAUGAAAUAUGGUGAACUAACAAAAAAAAAGUUCAAUAGUCGAGUUGAUAUCUGGACCAGCUUGGCUUUCUGUUGCUCAUUUGCUUUCUUUGUCACAGAAUAAUUUUGCUUUGACCUAUUUAAAAAUUGGUAAGACGAAAUUCUGUUGCAUUUUAAGUUUGACUCGCGACUGAAAGCAGAAGCCUUUACUUUUGAAUUAGUUCACUUAAUACAAACUACGGCUUGUGCGCCUCUCACGCACCAUAACUACCUAUACAAUUACACAUAAAUGUACCAUAACAAAUGAGUUCUAAGCUCUAGUGUUCACCGUAAAUGACGCUUUAGUGCUGUUUGUUCUAAUUUAUUAUUAUUAUUAAUUUCUUAGAGCUAUUAUAUAAAUAUAUUUAGAAGAAGAAGAAAUAAAACAACAAAAUGUUUCCAUUUACGUUUUCAA